AUGAAAAAUGUUUUAAGAAAAUAUAUAUACUUAUUUAUACUUAUAAAUUUUGUUUUAAGUACAUAUAGUAAAGUUAUAAAAAGAGGAGAUAAUAAUAUUACGAGUAAUUAUUUGUUUCCUAAUAAUUAUGAUAAUGAUUCAAUUAUAUACAAGAAAAGGAAUAGUAAUAAAUUUUAUUUCCUUGAAAAUGAAAGAAAUAAAUUAAAAGAAUUAUGGAAUAAACUAACAACAAGAUAUUCAAUUAAAUUCCAUACAGAUGAUGAAUCAUCAAAUGAAGAAAAUGGAAAGAAUAAUAAAAUAUCAUUUAAAAAUGUUUUUAAUAAAAUAAGUAUACAAGAUAAUAUGGAAAUAAUUAACAAUGUUAUAAUAAAAAACAGUACAGUAAUAAAUCCAGAAAUAUUAAAUGAACUUAUGAAACAAAAUAAGUUACUUACUAUAAGAUAUAAAGAUAUUAAUACCAUAAUAAAUAUUAUUAACAAUUAUUAUGCAGGCAAAAAUUAUCUCUUUUCUAAAGUUUUAAUGCAUGAGGUUAUACAUCAGGGCAAAAAAAAAACUUUAAUAAUAUAUGUAAAGGAAUGUAUUGUUCAUAAAAUAUUGGUUAAGAUACACUCUUGUGAUAAAGAAACGAAAGAGGCUGAUUCAAAUUGGAAUAAAAUAAGAAAGGGUUUUCAAGAAAGUGGUAAUGUGGAAAGGAAUAUACAAAUGGAUCAUAAGGAUGUAAAAUUAUUUGAUAAAAAAGACAAAUUAUAUGAUAAAAAAGAUAAAUUAUAUGAUCAUAAUGAUAAAUCAUCCAAUAAUAAUGACAAAUUAGCUGAUUCAAAUGAAGUGUCACCUAACACAAAUGUAACAAAUUUUAAUAAAGACGACAAUCCAAAUAAUAAGGAAAGUGAAAAUAUUUCAAUCGAAGAACAAAAGGAAGAUAUAUUAUUAAAUAGAGAAAGUGUUUUAUAUAAAGAUGUGUUAAAUUAUAAUUUGAAAGAAAAAAGUGGAUCGAAUAGAAAACUUAGACGUUUUUUUGAGAAUAAAAUGAAUAUAAAAGAAAAUAAUAUUUUUACAUGGAAUGAGAAUAUUUAUAACCUUUUAGUAAAUUCUAAUUUAUUUAAAUAUGUUCAAAUGAAAUUAUAUAAUGAUAAAUCGUCUAAUAAAAAUAUAUUAGAAAUUAAUGUUAUUGAGAAUAAGAGAAUGAUAUUUAUUCCUAGUUUAUCAAAAGGUUUUAAUGAUUUUUUAGAAUUUUGUUUAAAUUUAUCAUUUUCAUAUUUACAUAAUUUAAAAUAUUCAGAUAAGUUUCGAAUGAAAUAUUUUCAGAAUUUAAAUUACAAAAAUAAUAAACAUAAUUAUGAUUUUAUAUUUAUAAAUGAUUUAAUAGAAUUGGAAAAGCUAAAAAAAAAUUACCCUUCCUUUCAAAUUAUGGGUAUGAAUAUAAAUAAGGAGUAUAAAAAGGAGGUACAUACAUCAUCCUUAAAUAAUUUAAUGACAAUCAUAAGUAUUAAAAAUGAUAAUAAUGAUGAUGAAACGUUAAAUAUAUCAAGUAGAGAUAUAAAUGAAAGUAAUUCAGUUUUAUCUAGUACUCCUAAAUAUACAUUACAAAUAAAAGACAUAUACAAUUAUUUAUAUAAAAAAACAUUCUUCUUUUUCUUUAUUAAAAGAAUGAACAAUGUUAUUUUGGAAGUAAAGAUGAAAUUUAAGAGAAAGGACUUUCAAAACUUUUUUUAUUUUUUAAAAGAGCAAAAAUAUUAUUCAAAUGAUAAAGGAAAUACCCAAGUUUAUUCAAACAAAAGUGAUGACCACAAUAAUGAUAAUAACAAGAACGUUGAUAAUAUUUAUAAUAAUAAUAAUAAUAAUAGUAGUAGUAGUAAUAAUACUUGUGAUAGUCUUUCUAAUAUUAGUAAGUGGAAAAAUCGUCUUUUGUAUAAAUGCAUGAAUCUCUUUAGAGAUGAUAAAAAAAGCGUUUUAUCAAAUAAGUUAUAUAAUUUAUAUGGAUCGAAAAUAAAAUUGUCAACAUCUAUAAAUUUAUGUAAUCCAAAUUUAUUUGAAACUAGUAAUUUUUUAAAAAAAUAUUUUAAUAUAAAAAAUAAAUUCGAUUUAAUAUUUUAUUUUAACAUGGAAAAGAAUAAUUUCCCUUAUAUAAAUGAAAAUUGCACAAAUACAAUACAAAAUAAUGAUAGUAAUAAUAAGGAAGAUAAUUUAAAUUCUAAAAAUAAAAAUGAUAAAUUACAUAAAGACUUACAAUAUUUUUUUAAACAUGUAAAUAAUAAAAGCUCUCAUUUAAAAUGGAAUAAUAUUAACAACAUAUACUUGAAUUAUACUUUAUAUUUUAAUAAAAAUUAUGAAAUAAAUAUAUAUCAUUUACUGUGUACCUUUCAACAUAUGAUAAAAAGAAAAAUUAUAAAAAUUAAAAAUUAUUAUACAAAAGGAAGAAAAGACACAAAGAAAGAAAAAAAAACAAAUGUUAUAAAUGAACUUCAUUUAUCAAAUAAUGAUAAUGUUAAUUCUGUUUAUAUACCUUUAUAUUUUUUCAAAUUAUCAAUAAAUCAUAUGUCUCUUUUAUUAAAUAUAAUGUUUUCUUUUAAAAAAAAUUUAUGGAAUUUUAAUAAUAUAUUAUUUAAUUUUAAAGAUGAUAAUGAUUAUAAAAAGGGAAACAAUAUAUUAACUUAUUUAAAGAAUAUAUUAAAAUGUAACAUAAAAAAUGAACAAGACAAUUCAAAAAAAUUUAAAGAAAAUAUACAAAAAAUAAAUGUUACUGCUUCAAAUGGGAAUUUCUCAAAUAGUAGCUCCUGUACAUAUACAGUCAAUAAUAUAAAUAUGAAUGAUGCUUAUAAAGAAUAUUUUAAUAAAAUGAAUUUAUCUUUAAAUUAUAAAUUAAUCUUUCCAGUAAUAUUUAAUAACUAUUUCUUAAAUCUCCUUCAUAUGAAACUAUAUCUUUUUUUUAAUUAUAACAUAUUUGACAAAUUACAAAAUUAUAAUAUAAACAACAAUGAAAAUAAUAAUACCCAACAAUAUCAUAAACAUCUAAAUAAUAUGAAUGUCAAUAUGAAUAUCCUUAAGGGUUAUUAUUUAAAAGGUAAAAAAAAAAAAAAAAAAAAAGAAUAUCAUGAUAAUUCUUCCUAUGGAUUAGGUAUCCUAUUAGCUAAUAUGAAUAUAUAUUUAAAUUUUAAACUUUAUGGAAACAAUUUCUUGCCUUCAUUGGUAUUGAAAUCAAAGGAAGAUAAUUCAAAGUUUAAUUAUUUAUUAUGA